UCAACUUAUAAUUUAGGCCUCGAUUGAUAUUUAUUAUUUACCUUAAAAAAAAAAGAUUGAUGUAUUUAAGUAAUUAGUCCUAAAAAAUAAAAUUAACUCAACACUUUCCAACUUUCUAGUGAGUAAACCGAUAUGGUGCAACAGAAUUUGAAGUCGCCAAAACAAAAUCCCUGAAGCCUAAAAGCAGCAGCGGCUGAAGAAUUCUUCCGACCAAAACCAUGGCAGAAUUUGUGGAAGCAGAUAAUACAGAAGCCAUUAUCACUCGAAUCGAGCACAAAUCCCGCAAGAUCGAAAGCCUACUCAAACAGUAUAAACCGGUGGAAGCUUUGAAGACAGCUCUUGAAGGGUCGCCUCCCUUGACCAAAGACGAGCGAUGCAAGUCUGCGAACUGGAUUGUGGUGCAUAGGGCGAUAAUGGCGAUAAAAGAUGUUGAUAGUUUGUUCUCGGCUCUUGAUCUCGAGUACUAUGACGUUCUGAUGAAGUACUUAUAUAGAGGUUUAUCUACUGGGGAUCGUCCCACGUGUGACCAGUGCCUAAAAAUUCACGAAAAACUUACAGAAAGAGCGGGAUUGGGAUGCAUACUACGAUGCCUGGCAGACAAAGUGAAUACCGUUUAAUUGUAAUUUGUUCGUGUCUCUGCACAUUUGUACAGGAUUAUCAACACUAUGUAUCCAAGAACCAUCUCUGUUUUGAUGCAAAUUAUGAGGUAAUUCUUUGGUCAACUUGUGUUAUUAUUGUACUAUGUGAUGAUCAAACAAAACUGUUUAGUUUUCAAAUUGAAAUUUGAAAACUUGGUUUGAUAUAUUCCAAUUCUUAGACAUUCCUGAAUCA